GAAACGGAGUUGGUGUCCUUUACGCACAUUACGCACAGAUCUUUCCCGUGCGUCCUGGCGCUUCCAGUUUGCAAGAGGCCAGCAGAGAAGUAAAUGACUGUUACUGUGUAACUUUUGUAUGUAGAUGUUUAAUUUGGAUCCGAGUUUUAUGACUUCUUUCUCUGUCUCUCUGCGGUCGACUGCCUCUGCCGACUCCGUGGUACUAAAUGCUGCGGCGCUUUUGCCUGGACGUCCCCGUGGUUUUGGAGCAGGUGUUUAUUUCACGGUAGCAGUUGCGUCUCGGUGCAUUAGUGACUCUUUGCACGGGCUUUAUCGUCUAUUCGGGCGGACAUGUCGGGACAGAAACCAUCCUCCAAGAGCGGCGGCUCCGCUCAAAGCCGCUUCCAGGUGGAUGUGGUGACAGAAGCAUCAUCAGGCGCGGCCCCGGGUUCUGCUCCGGCCCCGGUCUCCACCGAUGGAUCCAAGCCGCCUGAAGAGUCCAAAAGCCGGUUCAAGGUGGUGGGUUUCCUGGAUUCGGGCGCGCUGGGCAGCGCGAUGGAUAUCGGGCUCCCGCCUGAUGUGACCCACGAGCCGGACACGGCGAGGAGCGAUUCGGUCAGCCUCCAUUCAACCGGCACGGGACACACGCACAUCUCCGACUCCCACUCCAACACCUAUUACAUGAGGACCUUCGGACACAACACCAUAGACGCUGUGCCCAACAUCGACUUCUACCGGCAGACUGCUGCGCCUUUCGGGGAGAAGCUGACUAGACCGUCGCUGUCGGAGCUGCACGAUGAACUCGACAAAGAGCCGUUUGAGGAUGGCCUGGCCAAUGGAGAGGAGCCAUCAGCGGCCGAGGAGGCGGCCGCCUUGGCGGCAAAGGAGGCAAAAGGAGGAACUGUCAAGUUUGGUUGGGUCAAAGGAGUUUUGAUCCGCUGCAUGCUGAAUAUCUGGGGUGUGAUGCUCUUCAUCCGAAUGUCCUGGAUUGUUGGACAGGCUGGAAUAGGACUGACCAUUGCGAUCAUUCUGAUGGCCACUCUGGUCACCACCAUCACUGGUCUGUCCACCUCUGCUAUAGCAACCAAUGGCUUUGUACGAGGAGGAGGAGCGUACUACCUGAUCUCCAGGAGCCUUGGGCCGGAGUUCGGAGGCUCCAUCGGUCUCAUCUUCGCCUUUGCCAACGCCGUGGCUGUGGCCAUGUACGUCGUAGGCUUCGCAGAGACAGUCGUUGAGAUGCUUAAUGAUGUUGAUGCUCUGAUGACUGAUGAGCUAAACGACAUUCGUAUCGUCGGGACUCUGACUGUCAUCUUGCUGCUGGGAAUCUCUGUAGCUGGGAUGGAGUGGGAAGCCAAGGCUCAGAUUGUCCUCCUGGUGAUCCUGCUGGCAGCCAUUGCUAACUAUUUCAUAGGAACCUUCAUGGCAACAGAAAACAAAGAGCCCAAAGGAUUCUUUGGCUACCACACUGCCAUCUUCAUAGAGAACCUGGGUCCAGACUUCAGAGAUGAUGAGACGUUCUUCUCAGUAUUCGCCAUUUUCUUCCCUGCAGCCACUGGGAUCCUGGCUGGAGCCAACAUCUCAGGAGACCUCAGCGACCCUCAGUCAGCGAUCCCUAAAGGUACUUUGCUGGCCAUCCUCAUCACAGGAAUCACUUACGUGGUUGUUGCCAUCUCUGCAGGCUCCUGCAUCGUCCGGGACGCCACCGGCGACCACAACGACACAGUGAGUGACACGGUGAACUGCACCGAUGCCGCCUGCACGCUGGGCUACGACUUCUCCAUCUGCAAGGAGGGAGGCUGUCAGUACGGCCUGAUGAACGACUUCCAGGUGAUGAGUCUCGUCUCGGGCUUCGGUCCUCUGAUCUCUGCAGGGAUUUUUUCAGCCACUCUGUCUUCGGCUCUGGCCUCGCUGGUCAGCGCGCCCAAAGUAUUCCAGGCUCUGUGUAAAGACAACAUCUAUCCAGGGCUGGGUGUGUUUGCAAAGGGUUAUGGGAAGAACAACGAGCCUCUACGUGGUUAUGUCCUGACCUUCUGCAUCGGUCUCGCCUUCAUCCUCAUUGCGGAGUUGAACAUCAUCGCUCCCAUCAUCUCCAACUUCUUCCUGGCCUCGUACGCUCUCAUCAACUUUUCCGUCUUCCACGCGUCCCUGGCCAGUUCUCCAGGGUGGCGCCCCAGCUUCAAGUACUACAACAUGUGGGUGUCUCUGGCUGGGGCGAUCCUGUGCUGCGUGGUGAUGUUUGUCAUCAAUUGGUGGGCAGCUUUGGUCACUCUGCUCAUCAUCCUCGCUCUCUACAUCUACGUCAGCUACAAGAAACCUGAUGUGAACUGGGGUUCGUCCACUCAGGCUCUGAUCUACAACCAGGCUCUGACUCACUGUCUGAACCUCACAGGAGUCGAGGACCACGUUAAGAACUUCAGGCCGCAGUGUUUGGUGCUGACUGGAUAUCCAAACUCUCGUCCUGCUCUGCUUCAACUGGUUCAUUCUUACACCAAGAAUGUCGGCCUCAUGGUCUGUGGUCACAUCAGGACUGUGUCCCGUCGGCCCAACUUUAAGGAGUUGUCGCAGGAUCACGCCCGCUGUCAACGCUGGCUAAAUAAAAAACGCAUCAAGGCCUUUUACACUAGUGUUUUGGCUGACAACCUGAGGCACGGGACGCAGUUCCUCCUGCAGGCUGUUGGUUUGGGACGUCUCAAGCCCAACACGUUGGUCAUGGGUUACAAGAACAACUGGAGUGAUGGAGACAUGAGAGACGUGGAGAUUUACAUCAACACUAUACAUGAUGCUUUUGACCUGCAGUUUGGAGUGGUGAUCCUUCGACUGCAGGAUGGACUGGAUAUCUCUCACAUCCAGGGACAAGAUGAGCUGCUGUCGUCCCACGAGAAGCCACCGGUUGGCAGUAAGGAGGUGGUGGUUUCUGUCAGUCUGGCUAAAGACUCGGACUCGGACUCGUGUCCUUCGAAAACCACCAGCAACCAGAGCAGCCCGCUCAUCAUGAGAGAGACCAAGUCUCCUCUGAGUCUGACUGACCAGCGACUGUUGGAGAGCAGCCAGCAGUUUAAGAAGAAACAGGGCAAAGGAACUAUAGAUGUCUGGUGGUUGUUUGACGACGGAGGUCUGACUCUGCUGAUUCCCUUCCUGCUGACCAACAGGAGCAAGUGGGGCGACUGCAGGAUCCGGGUCUUCAUCGGCGGCAAGAUCAACCGCAUCGACCACGACCGCAGAGCGAUGGCCACGCUGCUCAGCAGGUUCAGAAUCGACUUCUCUGACAUCAACGUCCUGGGAGACAUCAACAUCAAACCCAAGAAACACAAUAAGCUGACUUUUAAGGAGCUGAUCGAGCCCUACAGGCUGAAGGAAGACGACAUGGAGCAGGACGCUGCAGAGAGGCUGAAGGCCCAGGAACCCUGGAGGAUCACUGACAACGAACUGGAGCUCUACAAGGCCAAGACCAACCGUCAGAUCAGACUGAACGAGCUGCUGAAGGAACACUCCAGCACAGCAAAACUCAUCGUCAUGAGUAUGCCUCUGGCCAGGAAGGGCACGGUGUCGAGCGCCCUCUACAUGUGCUGGAUGGAAACUCUGUCCAAAGACCUCCCACCUCUGCUGCUGGUCAGAGGAAACCACCAGAGUGUCCUCACCUUCUACUCCUAACACACACACACACACACACACGCAGACACACACACACACACACGUACAGUGUCCACACACAUCCAUGAGGCACCUGUUGGUCUUCUGGUUUAUUUGUUACAGCUGCACAAGAACAGAAAAAUGAUCAUGUUUCAAGUUUUGUGUCACACAUCGUAAACUCUCCUGCUAUGAAAGGUGUUUCUAAUUUUGUGUUUCCAUUUGGCUUAAUUUUAGUAAAAUUCUCAUUUUAGUAAAGCUCUCAUUAACAAAUUAAUCAACCCAAUCAACAUUUAGAUGGCCAUUUCUUUUACCCUGAUCAAUAACAGGCUGUAUAUUCUGUGGUUUCUGUGUGUUUCACGUGAAUGAGAGUAACUCUAGUAAAUAUUAACUCAUUUUGUCCAGUUGUAUUUAUUUAGAAUGAUGAAAAUGAUGAUUUCAGGAUGU